UUGUGUUCCUUGUCUCUUUCCAGUGUCCGCGGCGUAGAGGACAAGAUGGAUUGGAGCACGCUGCAGACCAUCCUGGGGGGAGUCAACAAGCACUCCACCAGCAUCGGCAAGAUCUGGCUGACCGUGCUCUUCAUCUUCCGUAUCAUGAUCCUGGUGGUGGCCGCCAAGGAGGUGUGGGGCGACGAGCAGGCCGACUUCGUGUGCAACACGCUGCAGCCCGGCUGCAAGAACGUGUGCUACGACCACUACUUCCCCAUCUCGCACAUCCGACUCUGGGCCCUGCAGCUGAUCUUCGUGUCCACCCCGGCGCUGCUGGUGGCCAUGCACGUGGCCUACCGCAGACACGAGAAGAAGAGGAAGUUCAUGAAGGGGGAGAUCAAGAACGAAUUCAAGGACAUCGAGGAGAUCAAGAGCCAGAAGGUGCGCAUCGAGGGCUCGCUGUGGUGGACCUACACCAGCAGCAUCUUCUUCCGCGUCAUCUUCGAGGCCGCCUUCAUGUACGUCUUCUACAUCAUGUACAACGGCUUCUCCAUGCAGCGCCUGGUGAAGUGCAAUGCCUGGCCCUGCCCCAACACCGUGGACUGCUUCGUCUCCAGGCCCACGGAGAAGACCGUCUUCACCGUGUUCAUGAUCGCCGUGUCUGGCAUUUGCAUCCUGCUCAACGUCACCGAGUUGUGCUACCUGCUCAUCAGAUAUUGCUCCGGAAAGUCGAAAAAGCCUGCUUAACACACGCACCGCCUGCCUGGUGACUAGAAAGAAGACAGCUCGGAAGGGUGAGGCAACCUGUGCCGAGCUGUCAAACUUCGGUCACCAGCGUGUCCCAAGACCAAGAUUCUGAUCUCGGCUACAACCACCACCGGCCAUCGCUGUAGACUUCCCCUGCAGCUCGGCCACCUCCAGCAGAGCUCCACUCCUGGGGCACCAGAGGCCAGGCCCAGCUCUCCACCUUCGCUCCUUCCCAUCACGUUAGCUCCACCCCUUGCUGGGGAGGGGGAGCUGGCAGGAGGGUCUUCCACGUCAUAGGCAAAGACUUGCAGUCUCUGCUUCGCCCUCUCUCCAGGCCUGGGGAGAAGGCUGGAAGUGGAGGAUGCUGGGAAAGUCUGACUCUCUUGGUGCCUUCUUGCCGGUCUGGCCUGAGACGGAGGUCAACGUAGAGAAUCUUGGUUCUUUCCUUGCUUUCUAAGUUUUAGUCUACCUAUGGACAAAGUUGCCUACCCCAAUGCUUCAAAGUCUGUUAUCUCCCCCCCCCGCCCUUUUUUUUAAG